GGUGUGCUAUUUACAAUUAGUGAUAGCUGAUUAUUGGAAAACCGGUCACCGAGGAAAAGAAAACAACCGGUAAAAGUUAAGAUUUUGACAAACUUCGAAAAUCAUGAUGCAUUGUCAAAUUAAUUUUACUACAUCAAAUAUGUGUUAAGUGAAAAAUCAUGAAAUCCACCGAAGUAGCAGAUGUGCUCAAGUUGUUCUUGGCUGGAGGUGUUGCAGGAUGCUGUGCAAAAACUAUGAUAGCUCCACUUGAUCGUGUCAAAAUACUUCUUCAAGCACAAAACGAACACUACAGACACUUAUCUGUGACAUCUGCAGUAACAGCUGUUGUGAAGAAGGAAGGCUUCUUAGGUUUAUACAAAGGAAAUGGUGCAAUGAUGAUUCGAAUAUUUCCCUAUGGUGCAAUACAGUUUGUGUCUUUUGAGCAAUAUAAAAAGAUUACACAAUCAUGGCUAGGACAAGAUUCACAUAUUGCAAGGCUAAUUGCAGGCUCCGGUGCAGGUGUGACGGCUGUACUGGUUACCUACCCUUUGGAUGUCAUUCGAGCCAGGCUAGCAUUCCAGGUUCAUGGAGAGCAUUACUCCGGUAUUAUCCAUACAUUUCACUCCAUAUGGCAUCAGGAGGGCAAAAUGAAAGGAUUUUACAGGGGUUUCAUUCCUACCUUUAUUGGUAUGAUACCUUAUGCAGGCAUAGCAUUUUAUACUUAUGAAACUGCAAAGCGUUUUAUUGUGGAACAAGGUCCCAGGUUUUUGUCAAAACCAUCACCGAGCCAACCUGAUGAACGAGUACUCUCAACAGCCUGUAAUCUAGUAGUUGGUGGUGUAGCAGGGGCUUUAGCGCAAACAAUAUCUUACCCACUUGAUGUAGCAAGAAGAAAAAUGCAACUGGGACACAUGCUGGCAAACCCCCACCAAUUUGGGUCUUGGUUGCAAGUUCUUUUGAUAGUGUAUCAGCGCCAUGGAUUUAAAAAAGGUCUUUAUCGUGGAUUAAGUAUCAACUAUCUACGAGCUAUCCCGUCUGUCUCCGUCUCCUUUACUGUCUACGAAUUUAUGAAGCAGCUUUUGAAUAUUCAAUCAAAACAAAAAGGCAGUUGAUGAAAAUUGACCAUCCUAUAUAUAUACAUAAUGGACCACAUAGCAUACUAGUUAAGACUCUAGGCUUGUAGUCUCAGGAACCCAAAUUGGUGCAGUCAGCGUUAAACAAGCUUUUCACCUACCAUGCUUCCCUCCACUCAGAAUUGUAUAUUGGCAGCUAGUGUGAUAAGUAAAUAUUAAAAAGUGCACAGGACCUUGAAGCACAGUGAUUUCCUGUCUUGGAUGAAGAUGUGAUCCAUUACCAACCCCAUGCAAGUGAGUAAGCGUACAGAAUCCUGCAGAGCUACACAAGUGGCUUUCAUGUUUCAAUCUGAUCUGACAUUCAACCAUACAUUGUAAUUUAUUAUGUUACCAAAUAAUAAUGAUUGUGUACCAUGAAAGUGUUGUACUGUAGAACCACUAUGGGCAAUUUGGGACCAAAGUAAGUGUCCCUAAAAGGGGUGUCUCCUAAAUAGAAGUUAUAUUUUACAACACUUUUUGGCCAAAACAUGUCCCCUUUAUAAGGAUUUCCCAAACUUGCGUGUGUGUAUAUUGGGCAAGAUUACUGAUGUAUCACUGACAAGAUAACAUGAACACUUAAUACUGUUUUAUAAAUAUGCUGUAAAAGUAAAACUUUAAAGAUGAUAAAUAUUUAAGGAUGAUAUUCCACUCAAGUACCAGUAACUGAAACUAUAUUGUGUAUAUGAAAUAAAACAGUUUUAUGAAUAAUAGCAUACCAAUUUUGUCAUUGCCAAAUUGUACCAAUUAUUUUAAAGGAAAAUUAUAUCAUUUUAUGUAGAGUAAGUUCGGGAUUACUUAAUUGCUAGAGACAGGGGUCCCAAUUUGAGAGGUGUCACUUAAGUUGGAUCUUGUUUAAUUACAAAUAAUUUUAUCAAUAAUUAAAACACAAGCUAGUUUGGAAUCCCUGUAAGGGUGGGUACUUAAAUAUGGGGUGGUCUGGUGUCUAUAAGAAGUAAUCAAUACAUUGUCCUCCCUGCUUGUGGUGGUAAAAAGAAUGUUAAAUCAGCUUUAUCUUUUGAACACUCAUUUUGUUUAGUGUUCCCCCCCCCCUAAAAAAAAUUGUAUUAUGAUCUUCAGGUUUUGGUGGUAUAAAUGAGAUUAAAGCAGCUUUGGUUCUGUAAUUAUGUGUGCGUUAAAUGUUUCCACCAAAUUUUAUCACAAUUUUAUUUUAGGACAUUCCCAUGGAUGAAAAUCUAUGCAAAGCACAGUAUUAAACAUGUCUUCAACUUUUUAAUUUGUUCUUAAAUGUUUAAAGAGCAUAUAAUUGUACUGUAAUCAAAGUUUGUCAAGUUGUUUGAAUAAAGUGUGUACAAAAUCGUAGUA